CAUUUAUAUAUAUAGAGAGGAGAGGUUUGCAUCACUAAGCAAAAGGAAUUAAGUAGUAUACAAAGGAGCAUGUUCCACAGUAAAUGGUUUUGAUUAGCACUGAUCAUACAUUUGAGAAGGUGGUUUCGAUAAUCAAAAGAAUGGGACAUCAAUGUUGCAGCAAACAAAAAGUCAAGAGAGGGUUAUGGUCUCCUGAAGAAGAUGAGAAACUAAUCAACUUCAUUACAACCCAUGCUCAUGCUUCUUGGAGUUCUGUCCCUAAGCUUGCAGGGCUGCAAAGAUGUGGAAAAAGUUGCAGAUUGAGAUGGAUAAACUACUUGAGACCAGAUCUAAAACGAGGUUCAUUUAGUGCUGAAGAAGAGAUGACAAUUGUUGAUGUUCAUAGAAUUAUUGGCAACAAAUGGGCUCAAAUAGCUAAACAUUUACCAGGUAGAACCGACAAUGAAGUGAAGAACUUUUGGAACUCAUGCAUCAAGAAGAAACUUCUUGCACAAGGCUUAGAUCCCAACACUCAUAAUCUUAUCUCUGCUACUUAUAAUUCUUGUCAUAAGCAAAACCGCUGCAACAGGAACAACCAUAUUAUUGUUAAUCCAUGCAGGUUCGUCUCAGACAAAUCAAAUCAACAACAACCAACUUCAGUCUUCACAAUCAGUAACAAUUUUUCCUUGGACAUGAAGAAAACUACGGAACCAGUUAUCCCUGUCCCUCCUCCAUUUCAUAUUUCUUCAAACCAAAACCCUAGUUUCUUUGAUUGCACAACUCAGUCUUGUUCCGCUUCGAAUCCAUCUGCGUUCGGGACGAUUAUAGACGACAACUGCUUGAGGAGUGAACCCAUGAUUCAACCCUCAAGACUUGAUCAAGAACUACAAGUUGUUGAAACUGAUGAGAAAAUGAUCAAUGAGUUUAGUUAUGGAAAGAAAAACAUGGAUAAUUAUUUUGAUCAAUACUCUAACUUUGAUUUUGAUUUUGAUUUUGCUGCAGACAUGUAUCAUAGUUCAAGCCUUAUAGAUCAACUUACAUGGGAUUAAUUCA